GUGUCGUGUGUGUGUCUGCUGCUAACAGCUUGUGACUUGUGACACAUAGUGCGUUUUGGGACGAAUCCCAAUUUCUAGAUCUCAGGGAGUUGAGUCCGCUCGCCGGUCCCAUUCAGAUCGCGUCCAAUCUCCCGGCUCCGAUCCCUGUCUUUCGGCUGCAUGGGUUGAGUAGAGAGUCCACUGAUCCCUCCCAGUAGGCGUACAGUUGACUGCCUCUCCGUCAUGUGGUUGAGGUUGUGGCAGUACUAGUGACGACAAUAACAUCGACGGAAAAUCCACCGACCAAGUGAUAAGCAGCUGCUGAAGACCAUAGCGAUAUGUUCUCGAGGGUCAGGAGCGCUUUCUACAAUGUUGUGCAGAAUCUUGACGCGUUCCCCGUUGAGGAAGAUCCGUCAGAGCAGCCCUACAACGGGACUGCGGGCAAAGACUCGAAAGUUCAAAAGUUUCAAUAUACCCGACCAGAAUUCCUGCAGCUCGGAAGCGAUGAGGAGAUACAGGCUAGUGCGGAUCACACCUUGAGGCCGAUCCUGGUCCCGAGAAACAUAAAUCAUCUUCCCUGGAAUUCGGGUUACGCCGAGACAAUCAACGCUGGGAAGAGUCAGCGAAACGAGGAUCAAGGAACCUUCGUAACGGCUGCGAUUUCUACUCUGAAAGGCUGUGCUCAAAUUUUAGAAAACGCCACACCGAACGAGCUCGAGCAGCAUUUGGAGCUGUGCAAGGACUGUAUACCCUACAGGUACUUCGCUCUGUUCGACGGACACGCAGGUUCAGCAGUCGCGGUAGCUGCUUCGAAAAGUCUUCACCGUGUCAUCCAACAACGAUUCCAGCAAAUCGCCUGUUUGCUUCAAGAUAGGGAUAAGGAUGGGAGAAUCCCCCUCGGACCUCAAUAUGGGGCAUACUGUGCCGCCAUUUUCAGCAAUUGCGACUCGAAGGUGACCGCUGACAACUUGAUAAAGGGGGCUCUCGAAACCGCGUUUCUCGACAUGGACAGUCAGAUUGCCCGUGAUAAGAAGACGUUCAGAAUGCCUGGUGGCUGCACUGUACUCGUCGCCGUUUUCAUAUUCGGGAAACUUUUCCUAGCGAAUGCGGGAGAUAGCCGCGCGAUAAUCUGUCGGUGUACUCGUCGAGAGGUGGUGCCGAUGUCGAAAGAUUUCACCCCGGAAUCGGAACGACACCGUGUAAAAUCACUAGCGCAACAGAGACCCGAACUGCUGGGGACAGAUUUCACUUAUUUAGAGUUCUUGAAACGUCCCACGAGGACAGAUCUCGGAAGGAAAAUGUUGUAUAAAGAUGUACAUAUGACCGGGUGGGCUCUCAAAACGAUAACUCCAGACGAUCUUCGUUUGCCCCUCGUCUGCGGGGAGGGGAAGAGAAGUCGUGUGCUAGCGACGAUCGGCGUCACUAGAGGCUUCGGUGAUCACGAUCUGAAAUCUCAAUUGAGUCCGGUUCCUAUCAAACCAUUCCUUAGCGCCGAGCCGGAGGUUCUGGUUUUCGAAAUCAGUUCCGCAGAGGAUAUAGACCAGAACGACGUCCUUGUCAUGGCGACGGACGGACUCUGGGACGUGACUAAUAAUCUUCAAACGAUGGAAAUUGUGUCGAAAUCGUUAGGUCAUUUCUCACCCAGCGCCUCGCUCGAAGAGUACAAGUAUCGAUACGUGUCCGCAGCCCAGGAUCUCGUGAUGCAAUCCCGAGGGAAACUCAGCGGCAACAAUUGGAAGACGGCCGACAACAGGGCUGCGACCGUCGACGAUAUAUCUGUAUUUGUGAUCCCGAUACUGGAAUAUAAGAAAGAGUAUCUCAGACGACAAGAGAACUUGAGGAAACUCGAGGAAUCGACAGAGGAUCAACCAUUGCCUGCUCCCCCUUCUCUGGAAGAUUCCCUUCCUUGAUAGAGUUUCGCCAAGCAGGCUUAAUUAGUUUUGGUGCAUAUGGAGCGCGACUUGGGGUUUCCCUAGCUGACUUCCAGUACGUGUCAAAACGCGGCGGGAUCCGUUCAAACGGAACAACCGGUGUCAGCCUCGGACCAAAUCUUAAACUUGGUAUGAAUUUCAUUGUGAUCGCAGCAAUCCCAUGGAUGGAGGAUCGUACUUUAGAGCUCUCGAACUCGUCGGUCGUAAAUGGAGAAUUCUGUAUGUUCAAGAAAGGGAUACUUCCAUGCUUUCUCUGAUUAUUUAUAGGUCUAACCUUCUCUUUUAGGUGAUUUGAUAUUUCUGGGGAUGAGAGGAGGAAUCGAAUAAAAAUAAACUUCAUACAUUCAGAGAUAACAU